CUCGAACAUAGGAUUUAAACUUCUGUAGCCUCUCUGGAGCGACAUGACCAAGGAGACUGAGACACUGAUGGUUCUGCAGAACGAGACGUUUAACUACUCACGCUAUCCUGACACUUUUCUUAUGGACUCCUGGAACUACAUGGACAGUGUAGACAUAAGCAAAGCUAAGCCCCGCCCACCCACUGAUGAAGACCUCGCCAGUAUCUCCUUCAUCUACGACACAUGCAAGACUCAAAAAGAUCCAAAAAUGAGUUCCUGUUCACGCGGUGGCCCGAUGUUCAAACAGAUGGAGAGGACAUCCAACGGCUCCUCCCCCGAGCUGACCACUCUAGAAAACUCCGCCCACAUCAUGAAGAUGCUGUCGGAGAGCAUUUCCGCCGACCAAGUUGCCAAGCAAGCAUCGCCGUGCAACAACGGCUACAUCAGGACCGGUGCGGGAGACAGCUACGACAAGCAAGUCAUCAACAAUAUCUUUGAUUCUCUUCUGCUGAACACGCCGCAGAAACCAUGGCAACCCGAAGCCUCCUUCUCGAGUACCGAACAGGUUCUGGGCUACAGCAGUGAGUUCGUAGGUCACCCAAGCCCUGUGUACUCUGACUCAUACUCGACCUCAUCUCCGGAGAGGUACAGGAAUGAUUUCCAGUUCAUCCUGGGAGCGCCACAGGCAUCCCAGAACAGGAAUACGGAGAUGUCCAUGGUGUACCUGAACAAGGGCCAGUUCUACCCCAUCACCCUGCAGGGAAUUGAGAGCAGCACGGGGGUCCCGAGUAAGGUGAAGACAGUAAUCAUGGCAGUUUUUGAGAAUGAGAAGAGCCCAGAAAUGCAACUGAAGUGUUGGAAUCACUGGCACGCACGACAGCCCACCGCUAAGCAGAGGGUCAUCGACAUUGCUGACUACAAAGAAGUGUUCAGUGGCAUCAGCCAUGUAGACGAGGUGGCAUUCAACGCCUUAUCCUUCAUCUGGAACACCAGUGAAGAAGCUAAGGUGUACAUCGGUAUUAAUUCUCUCAGCACGGACUUCUCCUCGCAGAAGGGAGUGAAGGGACUACCGCUCAACCUUCAGAUCGACACCUACGACUUCAGCUCCGGUUCCAACCGCCUCGUUCACCGCGCCGCCUGUCAGGUGAAGGUUUUCUGCGACAAAGGAGCAGAGAGGAAGAUGAGAGACGAAGAAAGGAAAAGGUCGAAGAGGCGGAUGAAGAGUGGCACGGAUUCUAGCAACAGCGGCAACGCCAAGCAGACGGCGGUGUCCAGCUCCGUCGGCAGGGACUGCACGUUCUUCAAGACGCUGGACGAUCACGUGACCCAGCCUGUGCUGUUUAUCCCUGAGACGCAUUACAGCAGCAUGCAGCGCCUGGCGCCCCCUAGCAGUCUGGAGGACACCGAGAGAAAUUCACUGAAGCGUGUGGCGUGUUACUCCGAGUCUGGAGAGCAAUGCGCUCUGCCACCAAGCAAACAGCCUCGCAAAGACGAACAGCAGAGAGUGCUACUCUACGUGCGACAGGAGUCAGAGGAGGUCUUCGAUGCCCUCAUGCUGGAGACGCCCACGCUGAGGGGACUGAGACGAGCGAUUUCAGAAAAGUACAGCUUGCAAGAAGACACCAUUGGGAAAAUCUUCAAGAAGUGCAAGAGAGGGAUAUUCGUGAACAUGGACGACAACAUAAUUGAACACUACAGCAACCACUCUGCCUUCCUCAUCGAGAUUUCCGAGGUCAUGGUCAAUCACUUCCAGGUCACGCUAAUGGAGCUAUAAGUGACCCCUGCCGGUGACAUGAGCUGGAACUGUCGUCGCGCUGCCAAUCAAAAGCACUGCCGCCUCUCGGACUGAUCCCGUCGGACCGCGUCCGUCCAAACGAGGACAACAGAACAUUGCACCCAGCUGCAUGUGUUUACACCUAAAUACGUCAGCUUAGCUGCCUUUGUAGAUACAAUUGAUUCUUCCCAGGAAUGUCUUUAAUUAUUUUUGUUGGCAUACGACAUCAGCAGUUACGAUGCGUCGGACAAAAUUGCAGUGAGCGGAUGCGUUGUAAAUAUGAAUUGUAAAUAUAAAUAAGAUUUAAGGAGCGUUCUCCGGGUGUGUUGCAGCGGCCAUAUACCGUGUGCCUCUGCGCUUCUAGUGAUCGACGUCUGUCUGCUUGAAAAGCCCCGCCCCCUCC